GUCACCGCAGAAAAUCCAAUAUGGUGUCCGUCGUUCAGCGGUUUACUUCGGAUGUCCGUAUUUCGGGAUAGAAUCAUUGUCCGGCGACCGCGUGGCUAGCAAUAAUUAUGAAAAUUCGAUUGAAAGCGCCGGGCCGCACGUGAAAAUUCCCAUGCCACUGUGUCUCGCGCACGAUCGGCAGCCGUGAAGGGGAGAGAUCGAGUGCGUCGAGAGGGACGGGAGAGCGCGCGCGGUCGAGAUCCCUCCGUUGCCCUCUUCAGCGCGCGGAAGGUGAAUUUUCGGAGCUCGAGGAAGUAGGGAAAAUUGAAAAAAUGGAUACGGACAAGAUGGUGGAGAAUAAUAGCGCGGGAGUGAGCGGCCCGGAGGCGGCUGGCAAAAUCAAGGCGAUGAAACGUGACUCGAUAGCGGACGUCACAACCUUAGACAUCAAGUCACGUCUCAGUUUGGAGACCACGGAGGCUUGCAGCGAGCCGCACGUCAACGGGGUGGUUCAGGUGAACGGUAUCUGCGACUCCCCUCAAAGAACUGCCGCCGUAACCGAUCAUCCCCCGCAAUCUAAAACAAUGGAAACUAGUCAUUUAAACCAACAUGAACAAGCUGGAUUAUCCAUGGAAAGUAAAGACAACGAUAUCCAAUAUGUUAGCUAUACAAGUGAAUUACAAAUGCCUGAUAUUAUGAAAUUAAUACAGAAGGACCUAAGUGAACCAUAUUCUAUUUACACAUAUAGAUAUUUUAUUCAUAACUGGCCGAAAUUGUGCUUCCUGGCGAUGCAUGGUGAAGAAUGCGUUGGUGCCAUUGUCUGCAAACUAGACAUCCACAGGAAGGUGAUAAAGCGUGGCUAUAUCGCAAUGCUGGCGGUCGAUGUGAAAUAUCGGAAACGGAAGAUCGGAUCAAACCUGGUGAGACAAGCUAUCCAGGCGAUGGUGGAGGACGACGCUGACGAGGUAGUUCUGGAAACGGAAAUCACUAACAGGCCCGCGCUGCGCCUGUACGAAAAUCUUGGAUUUGUGCGGGACAAACGAUUAUUUCGAUAUUACUUAAAUGGCGUGGAUGCGUUGCGACUGAAAUUAUGGCUCAGGUGAAAUUCAUCCGCGUGCUUAUGUCAAUAGGUAUUUAAAUAAUUACAAUGUUGAAGAGAUGUAACAUCUAUGCUCUACUACAUCGGGGUAAAAACGGACGACAUUAAUGUCAAAGAGAUUAUAUGUUUCUACGUGCACAAAUGGUGUUUUUCGGUUGCAACAUCAUACGACUACUCUCUAUAUUUUCUUGAAAGAGCUGAUUUAUUUAGCUAGGUUAUUUAUGAGUAAAAUGUAUCGCGAUGGAUAAACUUUGUGUUGCAACAAGAUUAUUUCUGCUUGGAAACCAUUUAUUUUUUAACAAAUUUAUUUUCCACAUUGUGAGAUAACUACAAUGAGAUCUCCAACAGCCUAUUGACAGUAUGUCCGUUAAGGGCGUAAUAUAUGUACAGAGUAAUUUGUUAAUAGUGCCUAACUGUUGCCUGACUAGUUAGUUAUUUUGUUAUGAAUUUGCUGCAAUUCCUUUGAUAUUAAUGUCAGUGAUCGAGAUAGGUUUCAAUUGCAGCUUGAAGAUUAUAAAAUUAAUGAGUGAUAGCAAGAGAUAAAGUCGAGACUGUGAAAAGUACUGAAAAUAAUCAAUGUAUUUUGCUGGGGCUCACAUUGAUAAAGUGCGCAUUUGGAAGCAUAUACAAGUUUGACUGAUUCGAAAAAAGUUUAUGAGUUUUAUAUCAUCACAAUUAUAAUUUAUUUGCAUGACAAUUUUUUGUACAACUAAAUAUACACAAAGGGCAUAUAUUUGGUUAUAAAUGGGCAAAAUUAGCUGUGUACAUACUUUAUAUGUAUAUAGUAUAUAUAAUAAAUAUAUAUACUAUUGUGUAUAUAUAUGUAGCCAUAGACAAAAUUAGGCAUCCUCGUUUCUUCUGAAUAUCCUGGAACGAAUGAAUAUUCUGUUUACGUGUUGUUUUCAUUUUUAUUGAUCAUGUGGAUGGUUCAAACAGUUGGGUAUAAGUCCAUUAUCUUUCUUAGAGGGACAGCAAUAUUACUUCAUAUUUUAAUACAGGCACGAUUAUUCCCGUAUUAAUUAAAAUCGAAAUACGAAGUGAACAGUUUUCUAAGUAAUAUUGCUGUUUCCCUAAAAAAGAUAAUGGACUCUGUACCUCAAUUGUUUGAACUAUUCACAGCUAAUAAGGAUGAGAACAACAAAAAGCUUACGCUUAUUCAAUUCCAAGAUAUUGAGAGGAAAAAGGGUACCUAAUAACUUUGUCAGUGGUUGUAUAUAUUUUAAUUACACCCUAAAUUACAAAUUUUUAAGAUUUUCUUGUGGAAAGUGAUCAAAAAGGUUCAUAAACAUAUGCCCUACUUGGCCUUGUUAAAACUAAUUUCGCAUAAUUUUUAUGAAAAACCGAAUUCGUAUAACUGAUUUUAUUAUUUCUUGAUUUACUAUAAAUUAUGAUGAAAUCAAGUUCCAAAUAUUAAGAUGCAUAAUCUCCAAUCAAGAAAAGGAACUGAAAUAUAAUUCGUAUUGUAAUAGAAUUGUGAAGUAAUGUUUAAGAUAUAAUCAACAAGAGGCCGUGAGAUAUUUAUAUAAAAUUUUUUUUAUUAUUAUUUUUUAAUAUUUCUAAUGGACCCAGUUUAUUUGCUUUAAUUUCAGUGUUUCGACACGGAAUGAUUAUAAGAUUGUGUUAGUCAAUGACGUUAUAUGAAAAUUGCUAUAUCGCACAUUGUACAAUGGAUUGCUGUUGCGUAAAGUUGCGUCGAAUGUACAAUUUUGUCAGUGUGAACGGCAGUUUGAUGGAAAUAAAAAAAAA